UAGAAUCUGCAUAACGCUUUGGGUCGUGAGGAUAACAGUUUGAUCAUGGAUUUAGCGAUGGUUCUUGUGCUGCAUGGGAUGCAACUGGCCUCCCUACCACCCGGUGUCCCCGUCUCGUCAAGAGGAGACUGUGCAUCUAGAUGUUAUCAUCAACGGAACUGUUCCUCUGUCGUCUAUGAUGGUAGCACCAUGAAAUGUCAUCUCUCCACUGAAGUGUACCUGGAUGGUGUCUUGACGAGCACCCUGAACAACAUGCAGUAUCUUGUAUGGACACGGGAUGACUGCGACAAGGGCUACACGUGGUACCGAAGCCUAGGCCUCUGCUACAAGAUCUACAACUCAACGAAAACCUGGUUUCAAGCCAACCAUACAUGCCAUCAAGACGGCGGACAUCUCAUCAAAGUGGACAGUGCUGGCAUCAAUGCAUUUGUGAACAAGAUAUCGGAUUAUUAUUCGGCCCAUAUCUGGCUGGGUGGUUUUAAAGAUGAUCUCAGUGGAAGGUGGACAUGGACAGAUGGAAGUGUCAUCAGUCCAGCCUACUGGAUGGAUGGUCAACCAAGCACAGAAGCAGAAAAGUGCAUCGAAGUGAACAGAGAUUCUCGAACAAACUCGAUAAGAAGCUGGAAUGAUGCCCCCUGUAUAUUUUACCUCAUGUUUGUGUGUCAGCUGCCUCUGAAAGAAGAGUCUUACUGUUGACAAUGGGCAAUAAUACAACUGCUGUCAGCAAAAUAUGCUCAAAUAUGAUGCUGCAAACGUCAAACUAAACAAAUCCACUACCAUGUAACUUUUCACCUCCUCGAUAUUCACUGAUUGAAUUGUUCCAGUUUCAGCCACGUUUGUCUCGUUCUUAGAGCAUAUGGUUCGACUUCAUCCUUCAGUACGACAAACAAAUGUCAUCAGUCCAGACUUCUGGGACGAUGGUGAACCAAGCACAGAAGCACAGAAGUGCGUUGGGGUACACAAAUUGUAUAUAAGCGCGAUAAGGCGGUUGAAUGAUUUCUACUGUACAGAUGAUGACAUUCCCAUGUUUGCGUGUCAGCUGCCUCUGAAGGAAGAGCUUUACUGUUGACAAUGGGAAACAACACAAUUACUUUCACCAAAAUGAUACUGCAGUUACAGUCACAGUUAUAUAUCAGUUCAUGUGACACUCAAUAUACCGACCGCCUCCGUGGUGUAGUGGUUAAAGCGUCCGCCCAGAGAGCGGAAGGUCGUGGGUUC